GAGAGAGAGAAAGAGAGAGAGGGCAAUGGCGCUAUUGGGAGAUAGGCCAGUUUCUGUUUUUGAGCAGGGAAGCUUCAGUGUAAACCCCUUCAAAGUGCAGACUUCAGAUGCUUCUAGACCACCUAAAGAGUUGUUCAUCGUUACACCUAUCCCAAAAGGCUUAUAUCCUGUUUUGCUAUUUUUUCAUGGCACUUGUCUUCUCAACUCUUCAUACAGUAACAUCCUCCAACACAUAUCUUCCCAUGGAUAUAUAGUCGUUGCCCCUCAGCUCUACCACGGCUGCCUAGUCCCCCAGAGCAACGAAGUCCACUCCGCCGGUGAAGUCACAAACUGGUUACCUACAGGCCUUCCUUCCAUACUCCCCGAUAACGUUCGCGCAAACCUCGACAUGCUUGCCCUUUCAGGCCACAGCCGAGGAGGUAAGACCGCAUUUUGCUUAGGUCUGGGUUACGGCAAUAUUGAUCAAUGCCUUAAAUUCAAGGGGCUUAUCGGAAUCGACCCCGUCGCCGGAGGUAUGGGAGUCCGAUGGGACCCCAAGAUCCUCACUUAUGUGCCUCAAUCAUUCGAUCUAGGAAUUCCAGUUUGUGUAUAUGGUUCAGGGUUGGGCAGUGAAAGACAGUUUGUUAUACUUCCAGCAUGUGCCCCUGAUGGAAUGAACCAUAGUGAGUUUUUCAGAGAGUGUAAACCUCCAUGUUCCUACUUUGUAGCUAAGGACUAUGGUCACAUGGACCUGUUGGAUGAAGGAAUGGCAAAUAUUGGGGAGUUUAUGUGUAAGAGUGGUCAGGGUUGUAAGAAGUUGCUGAGAAAAGGUGUGGGAGGGAUUGUUGUGGCAUUUUUUAAGGCUUGUUUGGAAGGUAAGAAAACGGAUUUUCUCGCUAUCGUACAAAAUCCUGAUAUUGCUCCUAUAAAACUUGAUCCUGUUACAUGCAUUCCUGAAAAUUUUUCAGUUAAUAUUAUUGAUGUUGCGAUGUAAUUAUUGUGUUUGGAUAAUAAUGAAUUAUAUCCAAUUGAGUAAUUUUCAUGUUAAUAAAUUUAUUGUGAAAUG